CUAUGAUGCAGGAAACAUUUGAGGAACUAAUUGAUAGAAAAGAAAGACAUGCAUGGAUCAAAGGAAAUUUCCAAGUUUAAACGGCGCCGUUUUGACGCUUCCCGUUCUAAGCCCCCCUCUCUCUUCUUCUCCCGUUUCCCUCUACUGUGACCCCAAGUUCAGACAAGAGCAGACCGUGCACCAUGUGGAGAGAGGAACCCGACAACUCCGUGCAAGUCAGCUGCAGAAGCAUGCUUUUCCGACCGGCCCCAAUUUCUUUGCUGCCCAUUCUGUAUUUCUGUGGGCAUGGGGUCAAUUUUUGGCCGAAUUUGCUCAAGGGCCAUGAUGAAUCAAGGGAAAUUGGACGGUGAAGAUUGGAGGAGUCCAGGGUUUUGGUUGGGAUUUUGUAUAAAAAGGCUGAGUUUUCUUUGAGGAGGGAGGUCCGAGAGUUUUAGCUCCUUGGGAGGUGUCGCCAGUGAAGAGAAUUUGUCAUUCCAUUGUUGAAAUCUUUGUUUCCUUAAGCAAAUUUUCAGCUAACAACCUAGGCGUGGAUGCCAUCUUUGUGUGCACAAAGUUGGGACAUUUGGCACCACUCGUCUUGAAACUUUCCGUAUCCACCCGUAUUUCCCUUCACUAGUGACAGUGACUCCCGGCUGGCUUUAUAUCUGCAAUGGGGAGUUCUUCCCUUGCUUGUUGAUCUUUCAGAUAAUAUGGAAGGCAACAUCUCAGGAACCAUGGAUCUUAUGAAAACAAAGGAAAUAGUGAAACCUUGAGAUGUUGUUUUGGGGGUUUCAGACUUAACUCCAAGCAUCCCAAAUCUGACUGCUUUCCAGGCAAUCUAGGUCAGGAAGGUUGACUAGCACUCUCCAUGAGAGGCAAGUUGUUGUUGGUGAGUCUAGAAGAUGAAGGAAGUACAUCUUUAUGCUUUUCC